UGUGUAACUAAAAUAAUUAUUAGUGAAUUAGAUGCUUACUUGUUAUAGAGUUUCGUAGUAAAUCUUCAAAAAUAUGGACCCAGCUCUGCUUCGAGAACGGGAGGCUUUCAAGAAAAAGGCACUUGCGACACCCAGCGUUGAGAAGAAGAGAAGAGAUGAUUCAUCACACUCCAAAGAUGAUAGCAAGAAGAAAUCAAAACCAUCAUCAAGCUCGGUCAGCUCUGCGCCGAAACUUGAUGCCUCCAAUUAUAAAACCAUGUCUGGCAGCUCAUCAUACCGAUUUGGUGUGCUUGCCCGCAUUGUGCGUCACAUGAGAGCCAGACACCAGGAGGGUGACGACCAUCCCCUGACAUUAGAUGAAGUACUUGAUGAGACUAACCAGUUGGAUGUUGGUAAUAAAGUUAAACAAUGGUUACAAACAGAGGCACUUCAAAAUAAUCCAAAAAUUGAAUGCACUCCAGAUGGUAAAUACAAUUUCAAACCAGUAUACAAAAUAAAGGAUAAGAAAUCCCUACUCAGAUUACUAAAACAACAAGAUCUAAAAGGUUUGGGGGGAAUUUUGCUGGAAGAUGUUCAAGAAUCUCUGCCACAUUGUGAUAGAGCACUCAAAAACUUGGCUCAGGAAAUCCUGUACAUUACCAGACCUACUGACAAGAAGAAGAUUCUAUUUUAUAAUGAUAAGACUGCAACAUUAGAUGUUGAUGAAGAAUUUGUAAAACUUUGGCGUGCUACUGCUGUUGAUGCCAUGGAUGAUGCCAAAAUCGAAGAAUACCUGGAGAAACAAGGAAUAAAGUCAAUGCAAGAUCAUGGGCCAAGGAAACCGCUCGCUCCAAAACGUAAAAAGGCAUCACAAAAGAAAAGGCAAUUCAAAAAACCAAGAGACAAUGAUCAUUUGGCAGAUGUUUUGGAAAAUUAUGAGGAUAACACUUUGACCCAAAAAGGUGUAUCUAUAAAAUAA